CUUUUUUUUUCGCCAACCACCUAUUUCUUGGCGGCUUUCUCUCUCACAUGAAAUUCUCAUGUUAUGUCUACUAAGGUUUAUGCAAUACCUUUUUCCCCCUCUAAUAUAUAUAUAUAACCCACCUCCAUGGACUCCCCCAUCAACCAUGAACAUUUUCUCUCUCUUCUAGACGUACCCAUUCUCUCUCUAUAUAUACACACACAUAUAUAUACAACCCUAUAUAUUAGCACUUAUUCUCAAUAUUUUCAUCAACUCUUUCUCUCUAAAUUAUCCAUCAUACAAUUGAUCUCUCAUGGAGGAUGUUCCUGAGAGUUGUUGCGACGCACCGGGAAUCAAGCUAUUUGGUGCAACGAUUGCGGUUCAAGGGAGACAAGUAAAGGAUGAGCAGCCAAACAGCAAAGGUGAUGAUCAAGAUCAAACGGUAGAGAAGAGGCCGGACAAGAUCAUACCAUGUCCUAGGUGCAAAAGCAUGGAGACCAAAUUUUGUUAUUUCAAUAACUACAAUGUUAACCAGCCUAGACACUUUUGCAAGGGCUGUCAGAGGUACUGGACAGCUGGUGGGGCCCUCCGCAACGUGCCUGUUGGAGCCGGUCGUCGGAAGACUAAGCCUGCACCCUGUCGAGGGCUUCCCGGAUUUUCAGACGGUCCGUUGUUUGAUGCUUCCGGGUUGCACCAGUUUGACUUUGAUCAUGGGGUGGUGGAAGAGUGGCACAUGGUGGAACACAAUGGUCUCAGGCAAGUUUUUCCGGCGAAGAGGCCACGAACCUCCUCAGGUCGUGGUCAAACUUGUUGAUAUAUCCUUUUUUUUUUUCUUUU